AUGUCUGCUUCUACGAAAAUGUCGAAAGCCUUAACCUCGUCCGGUAUCCGGCUACCGCCCCUUCCAACCAUCCGCGAUCUGGUAAAGCUCUACCAGCUGCGUGCCAUCAAGCAGCUGUCACAGAAUUUUCUAAUGGACGAACGGCUGACGGAUAAGAUCAUUCGCGCGGCCGGUAACAUACGUGAUCAUUACGUGCUCGAGGUAGGACCCGGACCGGGCGGUAUAACUCGUUCGAUCAUACGUCAAAAUCCCCGGCAUCUGGUAGUGGUGGAAAAGGAUCGUCGUUUUAUGCCCACGAUGGAAAUGCUGGCCGAAGUGGCCCAACCGUUUAUGCGAAUGGAUAUCGUACAAGGCGACAUACUUAACUACAGAAUCGAGGAUGCGUUUCCCGACUGUCCACGGCACGAUUGGACCGACAGGAAUAGGACGCCGGUACAUCUGAUAGGAAACCUUCCGUUUGCAAUCUCCACUCGGUUGCUUAUAAAUUGGCUGCGAGACAUGAGCCUCCGGACUGGCGCUUGGUCCUACGGACGAGCCAGUUUAACGCUUACCUUUCAGAAAGAGGUUGCCGAACGGAUCGUUGCACCAAUUCUGUCCGACCAGCGAUGCCGCCUGUCGGUAAUGAAUCAAAUCUGGAGUUCGCCAGAUUUGCGCUUCAUGAUUUCGGGACGCGCCUUCGUACCGAAACCGCAAGUGGACGUUGGCGUGGUAACGAUUGUUCCGUUGCAAACACCCUUAACGCAAGUUCACUUCGACACGGUGGAAAAAGUGAUACGACACAUAUUUUCCAUGCGGCAAAAGUAUUGCCGUCGCGGUGUGUCCAAUUUGUAUCCCCCAGCAGUGCGUGAAGAGCUGACGGAGCUAACGUUUAAGAGGGCCGAAGUUGAUCCACUGGCACGUUCGUUCCAACUGUCGGUGGCCGAAUGUUUACGUAUUGUGGAAGUGUAUGAUGAUUUGGUUCGGCAACAUCCGGAAAUUGCCAGCUAUGAUUAUCGUGCACCGAAGGUCAAAGGAACCGCUUUAGAGGGCGAGGGACACGAGAGCGAAACAGAGCGAUGAUGGUGCUGUGUGUAAUUGUUUAUGAAUAGUAAUAAAAACGUUUAGUUAUCAAGACAUAAAA